AUAUUUUCGACUUGACAUUCGUCGAAUAUAUAAAUUAUAAAUUUCUAAAUUCAUUUCGAAGCAAUUUGUUGCAAUUUGAAAUUUCUACGAAUCAAUAUCGUCGCGUGUCGGCCAGGUCGGCGGACAGAUAACGGGAGGUAAACGUAAAAAAAUGGCAGCAGCAGCAGACAGCAGCGAGCGACGAGAAGACUCUGUUCCGUCCGUCUCCAAAUUUAUUCGGCAAUUUAGGUAGAUAUGACUCAUGCAAUACCAAACGAUUGAAAGUGGAAGCUUUGAGCUUCACCAUUUCUUCCACAAGGGGAAAGAUAAAUCGUUUUGUGACAUCUUAAUUGGUUAUAUUAUAUUAGCAUGAACGAUCUAUUUCACCUGGAGAUCUGUUUCUGGAGCGGCGGGCAUGGCAGAUGUUUAUGUCCGAUUGCCGUCAAUUAUUCUCUUCUACGACCACGAUUAUUAUUACAAUUUCAACUGCUGCUGUCACUGGACUAAGAAACGUAAAAGGAAAAAAAGAAAAAAAACCUAUACCACCUUCAAUAUAUAUUAAUAUACAACCACACAGUUAUACAUGAAAUAUACAUACAUGAAAUAUACAUACAUAUUAUUAUUAUUAUAUACCAUUAGGUUUAUGUACCUUGUUUGUGUGUUCUUGUUUGCUUGCUACUAGAGUAUUUUAAUGUUAUUUCUUUUCUAACCUGUGUCCCUGUAUUUAAUAACUAUUUAAAAUUCUUUGUGUUGUCUUUUAUUUUUGAUUUGCUACUUUACCUAACAAUAAAUAACACACACAUACAUAUACAUACAUACAUAUAUAUAUUUGAAAAAUAAGUUACCCUAGUAAUUUUACGAAUUCUAUUACAUCUACAAGUAAAUAAACACUUUCAAAAUAUAGCAACAAAAACAAAAAAAUUGUGUUCGAAGUAAUGAAAUUUGGAUUUCUUUGAGAUUUAAUUACGGAAUUCCUUCUAUAUUUGUUAAGCUGAAGGAAGAAGAAGACAGUAAACACAACAUCUCUUCAUUAUCUUGUGUCACCUUUUUAUGUGAUCAAACAUGAUGUCUAGUGCGAAUACGUCUCUCUUCGAUCGAAUCGAAGAAGAACUACCCCAGUCUUCGCUUUACUGGUUAUUAAUUGCUUUAUGUGCAGUGAUGGUGUGGACGAUAUAUAUUACCUAUUACAACUCGCGAGUUCUCGGAUUAAUCUUAACUGUGAUACUCAAUAAAUUCGUACACUUUGGACAUGUGAAGUUCGGUUCUUUUUCCUUUUCUGUUUUGAGUGGCAAAAUAAUGUUCCGUGAUGUGCAUUUGGUAACAGAAGAUUUUUCAGUUAGAGUGCAAUAUGGAUGGGCCAUUUUCAGAUGGUGGCGGCCUUAUGUUCAUAGAGAAAUCAAUGAAGAUUUAUCUCAUUGUGAAACUAGGUUAUCAUUAUUCUUGGAAGGUUUUGAAUUUCAUGUAUAUAAUCGAUCAUUUCGGUAUUCUUUACUGGAGAAACUCUUUGGUUUGGAACCAGACAUGAUUCCUGAAGAGGAGAAAGAAGAAGAUACUGGUGUCGAGACUAUAGAAGAUAAUAAAAACAAUGUAGAACCAAAAAAAUCUCUUCACUGGAGAGAUUUAAUACCUGUGAUAAAAGUAGACAUUAAUUCUGCUAGAAUAAUUUUUGGGAAUUACCUCAUUCCUACUACAUUAACUGUAAAUUUUGAUGAAGCUCAUAUUGUAUAUACAACAAAACCUGCCUCUACACCAUUUGAUCAGUUCAUGCACGUAAUGAAGUGUCGAGCUGAAAAUGCACGAGUUAUGUUGGUGCCCAGCCCUAAAUACAAUGGCCCCAUUGAUGUACCUCCUCGCAACAUGGGUGAGGGAUUUGUGGUGCUUCAGUCUAGAGAUGUUGAAAUGUAUUAUUAUAUGGAUGAACCAGGCUUAGUCCCUCACGAACCAGAGUUAGUACAUUUGGCAGAUGGUGAAGUUAUCGUGAGCAGGACAUAUCCUUGCUUUGGAUUUGAUCUGAAGUGUGGCAAAAAUACAGAUUUCAACUAUGGUUCCUGGGCCGACCGACAGAGAGAACAUCUCUGGAAGUUUUUCUUUCCUGCAGACUAUCAACCUUUGCAACCCACCAGAGAUCCUAGCCCAGGUGAGCGGAGGCAGUACAAAGCAUUUGAAUUUCGUAUGAGUAUUAUUGCCAAAGCAACUGUGGAUAUACUCUUUACCAAAAAUUCUGUCAAUCAAGCUAUACAUAUGAACACAGGGCAAGGUUCAUAUGUAGAAGCUAACAUUCCAUGGAUUAUCGGAGAAACGGGUUACACUACAAAAAUAACUGGUCAGUUGUUACUUCUUGAUGCCACAACCAGUCUUCAGUUUCGGUCCUUGGUUGACUGUGAGACAUUUGAGUUCUCCAUCAGUGCCACAUAUCCAAUUAUCUGGAAUAGUCAUCAAGACUGGCAAAUUGACUUUACUGCCUGCAAAGCAACUGUUUACCUUAUCUAUGAUCUGAAGUCAUUCUUCUCAGAUCUGACUGAUGAUUGGUCAAGUCGGCAGGUUCCAGAUAUUUACCAUUUUGUUCCAUACACUUGGCACAUCAAUUUGAUAAUCAAAGAAUUCGAAAUAGUUUCACUGGCUAACCAACACAACUGGAUUGAUACUUCGUCUCAAAAUCAAGAGAACAUUUAUGUUGCAUUUUGUGGUGAUAUGUUUGACUUGUCAAUUCAGCUUCCCUAUGUUGAUUUCCUACCUCCAAAAGUUGCAACACGUAUAUUCAUACGAGGUGAGAGUAUGGAUUGUCGGUUAUUUCUACCGGAAACUGUGACUAGUCGCCAUGUUAUCAAAGCAUUGUCAGAGAAUAUGAAAAUACUCGACCGUGAUGGAAAUGUUCUUGAAAAAGGCUUCCCAGCUCAAAGGGAAAAGUGGAGGAAACUCACACAGAAAAGUGCCGACUGGAUUGAUUGUUGGACAACACCCAUUGCAGCUUUGAGCAUCACCUACACCUAUCACCCUAUGCCAGUAUUGCAUGUGUGCAGCGACCCUGUGGCUGGUCUUGAGGAGAACAUCAACUCUGGUCUAGAACUUGAAGAAGCUCUGCUUAUUCCACUUCGGCCUCUAAGACAAGACAUGGUGUAUUCCAAGCCACCGGAUGACUUUGAUCCUAUUUUACUAGAACCAGAUGUGAUCAACCUUGAAUUAGAAGUAGGACCCUCAGUACUCUGUCUGUAUGGUUCCUUACUUCUCAGUUUGUGGAAUAUAAAGGAAAAUUAUUUUGGAGAAGACCAACAUUUUACAGACUUUUAUAAUGCUCCAAAAAAUGAUGAAGAAAAUGAUGUAAGUUUUCCUAAUCUGUCCACUAGUGAAGAAAGAUCAGGUUCAUUUGAUCCUCGAAAGUAUCGUCCAUUGUCAGUAACAUUUUCUGUUACGUUACAUGACAUGCAGAUCCACCUCAUAAAGAAUUGUAAUGUGGAUGAAGUUCCCUGUCCUUGCCUUUAUGUUGAAAGGUUAGGAUUUGAAAUGGAUAAAUCAUAUAAAGAAACCAAACUUCAACUCCUCAUAUCCCCUUCAUUAUUAUUGUCCAGAGAUUCUACUGAGAGAGAUGCUGAGCAUGCUCAUAUACAUGAAGGACAUUUGGCUUUAUCGGGUCUGCAAGUGCGGGGACAUGCUAUGUUUUCAGGAGAGGGGUUACCACUAGAUCGGGAUACAAUAGAAUAUGCAUGGCUUGUCGAAGUCAUUGUCGGUAGUCUUUCUGGAAGACUGACAUCUCCCCAGGUUCAAAGUAUUGUUGAAUUUCUUGAAACGUUCAUUAUGCUUGUUGACGAUUCUGAAAAUAUUUUGCAAUCCCCCAUACCAUACAGAAUGUGCCAACAUGGCCUACCUCAACCGCAAUGUCGAAUGUUUCCACAAUAUCCAUUCUGUUGCCCUUCACCCGAAGACAUCAAAUACAGAAUGACACGAGCCUCUGUUGAUUCCAUCAAUUUGCAUUUUGUUGAAUUUGGUUCGUCUUCCAAUCUCCAGAUUUCUCCAAUAAGGUUUUCUACAUGCAAUCUUCAUGGAAUUACUACUCGAGCUGGAGUGACAGGUUUUGUUGAGCAGAUAACUUUGACUCAGUAUAUUUCCACAGCUCCUAUGAGACAAUCAAAUGGUCAACCAGAAGUUUGGCUGGAAUGUGGUCAGGUUUCAUUUGGUCCUAUUAAUAUUGAAGCAGCAAUGGCUCUUCCCAACUUAGAAUUUCAUAAAAUUCAGGAUGAUUUUCUCAAAUCGCAUGACAGAAAGACACGCCGUCUUUGGUUCUUGUGGAGAUCUGAAGUGCCAAAUGUUACUUUUGUUAUUGGACGUAAAUGUGGCUGUCUUGGUGGAUGUAAAUUUUUUGGCAACAACAAAAAUGGUCUUGGAUUUUUCCACCCUAAAAAGUUUUCCUCUGGCAAUUCUAGUGCUGCUGUCUUUCAGAUUUUUCCUAAGGAUGCUGAUCCUGGCUUUGGACAGAGUCUUCUCUGUCGAAAUAAACUAAUGUUUGAGACAAAUAAUUCCAAAGUACCUGGGUCACCUGAAACUUAUAAAGGUUUGAUAUUUACUCGCGGUUAUAUGAGUACAUUUGGUAGCCCUGAUACACCAACAACUAACGUAACUUUGGUAGAUAGUCUUCAGAAGCAAAUGACUGUUGCUGGUGAGCAGCCUCAGGAGAAACAGGCUGAUGACAGUGGUGAUGAGGAUGAUGAUACAUCACAUUCCUCAAGUACAGUGACAUCCAACACCCAUGGACCCACAAGUAAGACUUCGGCUGAUGUCAGUAAAAAUAUAGAUGAGCAGGACAAAUCACUAAGUAUAACUUCUGAUGGGUUUUCGCUGGCUGAUCCUGUUAGUUUAAAUAGCCUGACAGAGGAGACGGAGUUUGGCAGCUGUAGUUCUGGCCCCGUAUGCAGUGGGGACUAUGCUCGUCAUGGUUCCCUAGCCAGCUCAAAUGGUUCAGUCUACAGUUAUCCUUCAUCUCCUUCUUCUGGUUUUGCCCGCUUACACAGCAUGACACAGAGCAGCACAUCAACAAAGACUGGAUCUCCCACUAGAAGAUACCCUUGGUCAAGUCCUGAAACUGGUCGAAGUCGGUGCACCAGCGGAGAAUAUUACACCAUGACAUCGAUGGAAAGUGAUCGUUAUUUCACUGCUGAUGAUGACGGGACCAUGUCAGAGACAGAACUUCAACGAUUCUUCUAUAGGAAACCAGUGUUCCAAGAAGUAAAGUUACCUGGCCAAAACAGCGGCACUGUAACUAAUGAAAAACCGGCUGAAAAUCAGAAACGAGACAGAAGUAGAAGUUUUGAUGUCAAUGGUACAACUUCAAGAAGUAAAAAACGACCCAAGUCCACCCAUAGCUCAACAUCUUCCAGUUCCACACUUUCAUUUAUGUCUGCAAUAUCUUCUCCUGAUGACAUCACUUCCAAUAUUGUUUUAGAGGACCUCUCUAUGGUUGAUCUCCACGGUCAAAUGAACCAACCGAUUACCAAAUCUCCUGUUCUCAUGUCAUGCUAUCUUAACCAUCUCACUCAUAUGCACUGCACUGACUGGGCAGCACCAUCUCCGUUCUCCACCACCCACAUGAAAUCCGCCUCAUUUAAAGGUUUGAAGCAAGACACAUCGUUUUUCUCCCAUUCAUCAUUAACUUAUGCUCCAUGCCGGUUUUAUCCCAAACAGUCGUGGGUGCCACACUUCUCCAGAGUCAAGCAAGGUUUUUCAGUGAGUAUGAUGAAACCUCGCGAUGAAAUUGAUGUUCCCCAGACUCCACUUCUUGAUGGACCCACCGAUCCUUGGAACUCAUUUAUUGAAGAAGAGGAAGCAUUUGAUUCCACCGAGGUUGUCAUCUCUGAAAACACAUCCAAGACUACAGCUGUGAUCAAACUCAAGGGUUCAGUUGAUAUUUUAUUGACUCCCUUAUUACUUGAAUCAACCCAAAGAUACAUUGAAGCCAUCACUCCUGUUUUAUCCAAACUUCAUCCAUCUUCAAUCAUUGAUCGCCUGCACAGCCGAUGUUUAGAUCGACUAAAGCAGAAAAAUCGCUUAAAAAAACACAGCUCUGAUGAGCUCCAUGAUAGUAAUAGUUCUCGCCGGGAACCAAUGGAAACCAAAACAUCCAGUAUUCAAGCUUAUUUUUCAUUAGCAAAGAUCAAUGUGUGUAUUCUUCAGACAUCAAUCGUUGAAGAAUUGGUGUCGUUCUCAGCCUUAGACAACAUCCAUGACUUCACCUGUGUUUCAUUACUGGCCGUCUGCAUCAGCAACAUUGAAUGCCAACUACUUUCCAACUGCCACUCUUGUAAAAUUGCCAAUGACAAUAGCCCCAGUAGUAGUCUCCACCAUUCCACCAAUUUGUUGGUCAAUAAAGAGAAAUCCUCAAAAGGGGUUACCAAUACUGUUGGUGGGGGUACAGGGACUGAGUCGACAAAUACAGAAUGUUACAAACUGUCUGAAACCUCCAAAGAUGAAAAUGUCGGUACACUGUCUAUUGAAAAAAUUCACUUCCAGUUUAGGCGUCUCUUGAAGCACAGUAACUUUUCAGAAAAUGUGAUUUUGACAGCCAUUCCAGAGUUCCGCUCCAAAGUUCUGUUUGUGUUUGAUAAAGAGAACAUCCCUUGUGAAUCAAAGCAAAGCACGUUGAGUCGAGAGUCCUCGCAGACCAGUGGCCGAGAAUAUCGUCAAAAAUCAGAUGAACUUGGCAUUGGUUUCAUAAUGUUUGAAUGUGGUAUGGAAGGAAUAAACUUAACAGCUGUGAGGAGGUUGGGUUUCAAAGAAAAUAUUGAUACAGAAUUUCAACAUAAGAUGGAAGAAAUUGAAAAGACUCUUGAAGAGAUGCAAGAACAAACAAAAACAGAACUUGAUAAAGGAGAAGUUCCCAAAAAAUGGCAAGACAAGAAAAAUUCUAUGUCUUCUUGGGAUUCAACCAUGUCAAUAACAUCAUCAGAUAGCCAGUUUCCAUCUUUGGAAAGACUUACCAAAAUGAGUCCUUUAGAAGGGGACGCUUCCAGUGGAGUUUUAAAACUAGAGACAAUCUGGUUUAAUUUUGCAGCUCCUCCUCCCUUACCUAUGAGGAGAAAAAUGGACUUCACGAGGCUUGACUGGAAUCUUCUGAGUACUGCAACACCAGCUAUCAACUCCUGGUUAAACCCAACUGAUCACUUAGUUGUGGCAAUAAAGCAACUUAGAGAUGCUCUUACUCAUCGCAAUUGCUCUGUGAUGGCCUGCAUCAUGACUGAAGCAUUGGAGGUCCAAAGUAUACACAUGCCGUACAAGAGAAAAUUUAACAAGUUAAAUGGCUUGUCAAAAAUUCUUCAAGAAGAUCCUUCUUGUCAAUUAUUCACUGUCCUGCGGAAAUAUGUGAAGAGUUGUGGCAUUAGCCCUAUUGAAACAGCUGUCAAAUCCGAUACCAUUCCUCAAUUAAUAACCAUUCAGAAAGGAAUCCUAGCUCUCACUCGACAGUGGAAAACUGUGCUGUACAUGCCACACCUUGCUGAUAUGCAUCUGAAAUCGAAAAAGGCAGCGAAACCUUACACUGUGGCAUUUACGUUGCCUGUCAUGGAGGCUUCCAAUAAUUUCAGCAUGGAUGAUACAGAAAUGCCGAUUGAGCAUUUUGAUAUUGUAGAUGAACGGACAUCUUUACUGCUGGCAGAGGGUGGGUCAAUCCAUCAGUCUUUAUCCAUGCCCAGCUUGUCUGGUCAUAGCAUUCCAGUUCCCCCAUCUUUGGCUGUGAACCAUCCACCACAAGGUCCAGUUAUCAUCACAAGUUGCCCUGAUGAUGAUGACGAUAAUGAGAACAUGAACAGACCAACAAAACGAAAGCAGGUAGUGACAGAAUCCCCAGAGCCAUAUUUUCAUUUGAAACCUGCAUUUGCUACUAACUCCCCAAUGACUCGGAAUGAGAGUACGUACAGUUUUGUUUCUGCUGCUGGUAGCAUGUCUAGCCUGGAACAUGGCUUAAACAAUACUCCUCCACAAACUCCCCUUCGUGUCAACUUUCCUCGAAGUAUACCAUUGGGCAGAAAGAGUCCUAGAAACGGAGACAAUUUGUAUGAAUGGAUGGCCCAACAACAAAAUCGUAUAGGCACUCAUUUUACAAACCUUUGUCCAUCUUCUCGACGACAAGAUUCUAUUAUGACUGCUUUUGCUAGUAAUUUUGGUAGUGAUGAAAGUAAAGUUGGUAUGAGUGCCGAGCACUUAACACUUGCCACAUCAAUUUUACAAUUAGCAGAUGCUCAGAUGCUGUUUAAACCAUUUUUGGAAUCCAUUGGCCUUCACGUUGAAGGUGUACGAACAUCUGCCCUCAUGAAAAAGUUUGGUGGCCAUCUUUCUCUGCAAGGUAGACUGAACACAAUGAAGAUUCAGAUUGCCGAGUCAUCGGACCUCACAUCCAAAGGCAAAGGCAAGUCAAAGACAGCACGUUUUAUAAAAGUGAUCAACACCAGUGCCGACAACCCAGCUUUCCUCUGUGAAGAUUUUGUCGUCAAUAUCGGAAUGAGAGAUGUUGUUGAUUUUGAGAAGAACAAAGGCAAAGACGAAAGGAAGUAUGUCUCUUGGAAGUUUGCCAUGCACAAACUAGAAGCUAAACCAACUACUCUGAAAGUGAAUUUCAUGAUUAAUUGCCAUUCCGUUACUCAACAUGUAGACAUGCCUCUCUUGCGAUUGAUUCAUCAGUUUGUCACAAUGAUUGACAACAUCAAUGAGACUCGAGUUGAACUGAAACAGAAUCGACCGGCUGACUCAGAUUGGCAAAAGACACAUCGUAAACAAGAUUCUAAAGAUUCUACAUCCAGUGCCGAUACUCAACAAUCCCACACUUCAAAGACUCUACCAACCGAACAAGAUACUCCUACUCCAGAUGCUAGCGUCAGCUCUGAUGUAUCCAGCCAUGACGGUACUAAAAUUAUCACAAAGCGUAAAAAUAAACAAUCACCGAAGGUUCGGGUAACUCAACCUUUGGAAACCAAACGUCCUGAUAAACUUCCCUUAAUGUCUUUGCGGAGAACUCAUUUACGGUUCUCUGGUAAAAGUAAGAAAUCAGGGUCUCGAUCUCAACAGUCGAGUAUAUUAACCCCACCUCACUCGUUGAACCUCAGUGAUUCGGUGACCAUCGACAUGGGUGAUACUUCUUCGCCAGUGUUUGCUGAGAAAACAAUAGUUGAUGAAAUAAAAGAAUCAACUCCUCGUUGCUGGCGUACAUUGUAUCAUCUACUUGAACUUUACUCCACAAUGCCAACAACGAAGACUCUUGGCCGAAAGCCAUCUAUGCUUCCUGCCAUUGCAGAAGAAGAGAACGAAAAGGAGACAAGCAAGAAUGAUUCCAAGAGCUUGUCAAAUGCUGAAGAAGGAGUCAGUAAUACUGCUAAGAGUAAACCAGAAAAUGAAGAGAGUACGAGUACAAACCUACACAAUCGAUCCGUGAUUGGUAGAAGUACAUUCAAGCAAAGCUUUUAUAUUGGCGAGACCAUACCACUGGUGGUGUUUGGAAUUGCAAAAGUGGAGAAGUUCCGUAUUCUAGCAGCAUUGAGUGGUUUAAAGUUGGAUGCGGAGCUGAAGUGUGUUCAUGCCAGUGGAGCAUACAGAGAAAAAGUGAAAGGUUUUGUGGGUAAAAGUUCAUCUGAAUCUUCAAUUACUGCACACAUCGGACAUACAAGAAUUGGACUUUUGGAAGGGAUUCUUCCCAACAUGACAAUCGUUGUCACAGUGGAUGUAAAUAAAUCCCAAGGUUUGUACACGAGUGUUGUGAGGCGCAGCAAGAAACACAAUUCUGCUUUGAUUUCAAUUGGAGCUAUUGAUGUCGACAUCCCGCAGCAUCCGGUUGUACUUCAUGGUAUGAUGGCACGAAGCUCUAAACAAUUGUCUACAACGUUCCAAGAAUUCCGGAGAUCAGCUCAAAAAUCAAGACAACCAGAUAUUUCAGAGUCAAUCAACCCUGAAGUUGUUGCAGCAGAAAUUGCUAAUGCUGCGAAAAUGACAGCUGAAAACAAAGCUAAGGCUGAGAACCCGAUGAAGACUGUCACCCUUCACAUUCACUUCAAGGCUAUUCUACAGGGUUUAACCAUUGGUGCUUCCUUGUUACCAUCUCUUCGUGCUCAUCAUAAGACAAGCCCUAUUACAGUGACUGGUAUGACAGGCAAGAAAGCACGAUUCACAAUCGAUUUACCAGCGCACACAUUGAGCUUCAAAUCAAGAGUCAGUUCAUUUGAAACGUCUAUCCCUUCAUCUGCUAGCAUUGAUCUACCACCAAUUCAUGUGUAUGCAGACUACAGGCACCACAAAGCCACUUCAACCAAUUCUGAUAAUCUCACAGAUGGAUUGGUGCUUAAAGAAGGGGGAUAUUUGAAUGCUGUCGCUGAAGUAGGCAUGCUUGAACACAGCCUCACCACAGACCUACUCAACCAUGUCGUAUUUGUACAGAAAGUUUUCAUGAAGGAAGUGAAUGAGUUAGUUCAGAAAGUUUCUGGAUCUGAUCAGCCAAUAAGAAUCUGGACAACCAAUGAAGGAACUACCAUGAGCAAAAUCAGAGAACCUCUGCUAUAUUCUCUUCUUUUUAGACUGAAGGGCAUCCAAAUUACUGCCACAACACCAACAUCGAAUGCAGUUCGGUUAGAAACUGGUUCAAUUGACCUGGAAGUAUCAAACCGUGUUCAACUAGCUUCACGAGAAUCAAAAUCAGAGUACUCUGUCUAUGAAAAUAACCAGAAGGUUUUCAUCCGAGCUCAUAUUGAUCUUAAUCUUACUUUGGGGCAACUGUUGAAGAACCCAUUAUUUGAAGAAGCAGAACCUGAAUUUCAAACAAUGGCUUAUUUUAAGACCAAAAUUGGAAUACGGAAUGCUAUUCAAGAUGAAAUGAUACCUGGCCAAGAAGACGACCAAGAAGCACUGCUAAUCACUCUGACUCGGCCCAUUAUUCUAGCACAGCCCCAAGACUUUGACAAAGCUGUGCUAGUUUGGCUGAAUUACAGAAAUGCUUAUGAAUACUGGACUGAACAGAGAAUGGCUCUAAACCGAGAGGUUCAGACAGCCACCAGACAAGUAAUCGAUAAACUGCCCCAGCUUGCUCCGUCAGCUCACACCAACCUCACCACCUUGUUUCUACAAUUAACAGUUGAUGACAUGGGGAUUUGUCUACCAAUCCAUUCUUACAGUCAGAAUGGAACCCAAAAUGUCACUCGUUUGAUGGACAUUGAUGUUGGCACAGUUUUGGUAUUAACUAUUGAGAAUACUCAAAUCUCUGCUUGUUCUUCUGGAUCUUUAGUGAGCAAAGGACGCUUCACAGGGUUUUGUCUUCGGUUUGCUGAUGACUUUGAAACAUCAUGGGAUGAAUGGAAACCGGUCAAUAAAGAAGACAGCCCCAUAAUGAACGCAUGUGUUGUACCAGAAGGAACAUAUGAAGUCUGUUCAAGGACUAUUAAUAAACAAGCCACAGAUCCUCCCAGCAAUGCCAAGUGGAUAUUGAAUGUGUUAUGGGAGAUGGAAGGCAUUGAUGUUCAUCUUGACACCAACAUUGGCAAAAAGCUCUCUGGCCUUGCCCACACCCUCACGGCUCUUGCUGGAGACCCGAAUGAUGACGACGCUGUUGACAUUCUCAAUGAAGCUGACUCGCCUGAUGGAACGAUGAGCAAACUGCCAUGGGGCCAGCAUGAAGCUCCCACUCGGAGACAGACCAUUGCAGCUGAACACCUACCUGCCUUUGUGUUUGAUACUACUUUAGAACCCAAAGUGAGAGCAAGACUCAUCGAGAAAGAAAUGAACGAACAAGCAAUUGUUGUUCAAGAUCUCAAACAACUUGGUGCUUCACAGUCAGUUGUUGACAUAGAAAUCAGAAAACUGGAAGGUUUGCAAAUGCUAUUAUUUAAUGAUUUCCGGAGAGAUGUUUUGAAUAAGUUGAAAAAACAGGGAGAAAAGGCUUCCGUACUUAAGGACACUUUGGGUCUUGGGCACAAACCUACUCACUCUAGGUCCAAAUCAUUUGGUGGGCAUCAUCCACGAAGACAUCAUCGAAGCGAGUCUAAUGGCAAAGCUCCUAUAUUGCGACACACAGAAGGCCUGGCCGAAGGCUCGUCUUCUGAAAUUAAAUCUUUAAUCACGCAUGCCGAAAUGCCAUUUGAGUCGUCACCUGACACAUCUCCUGGCUCACCCGAUACUAACAAUAUUUUUGACUUCCGUAAUGGAAGUAGCAGCAUCCAGGAACCAAUGAGACAUCAUUCUCUACGCUGUCCAGUCUCCCACAGACCAUAUAACCUUCACGACAUCUUGUCUUCCAGUUCAGAGGCAUCAUUGUCUUCAGAUGAAGAAUUAUCUUUAGACCAGAAAGAACCAUUCCAACCACUUCAUCCAGCCAAUGAUGGUAAGCCAUUUGACAACUGCAAACAAGUGAGGUACCAGCAGUCUUCAACACCAACACCAAGCAGUUCUUCAAAGGUGGGUACAGUACCUCCUGGUAAUGCACCCUCUGGAUCAGCGACAGCAGCAUCUACUGCAGCCUCUUCAGCAUCUUCAAGCAAUACACCAGAUCCCAGCGUAGACUUUGAGCUCGAUUUCAAAGUGUUUAUUAACAGCGGGAAGUGGAUUCUGCAUCCAAAAGACAACAAAGAAGAAGACCUCAAGAAGGGGGUUCACAAAAAGCCAGAGACAUCUCCUGUCGCUGGCCGUAAAAAGAUGAAGCGACAAGACUCCAAUACAACGCUAUUCACUCAUACGAGUCAUGUCAAGAAAGGGCCCCCUGCACAACCACCAGCCGUUGAGAACACCGUAUUCUUUUUGCCAGGCUUAGAUGUGAGAGUUCACUAUAAUUCUAAAACUAGUGCUUUAGAUUCACCUGCUGCUAAGCCAGGUAUGCCAACAGUUAAUCUCGUUCCAGAAAUGACUCCAGAAAAGGACAAAGAUAAAGACACAAUUUCAACACCCAUCAGCAAACGAAGUAAUGUGAAGAAAGCUAAUUUGUAUGCUUGGGUGUUUUUGCAAUCACUACCUGAGGAAAUGAUUAUCAGCCCCUAUUUACUUGAUUUCCUUGAACAAGCAUUGGAACCAUUACCAUUGUCUCAACCAUUUUCCACAAAGAAAGCUGAGUUAGUGGGUCAAGUCUUGAUGGAUUUGGACGCUUCUACAACGUCCCUUGGUCUACCAGCUGCCUAUGCCUCUUUCCCUGUAGAUGUUGUUGUAUUCAUACGUGUUGAUUCAUCUGUCAUUCGAUUUAACUGUGCACCAAUGUCACGCGUUGAAUGCAUGAUUCAGGUGCCAUCACUUGAGACUGUUUUCUCGACUAAAGGAACAGAUGAGAAUAUUAUUGGAGAGGGAACACCUCCAUUGAAAGCCAAAAACCACAAACGAUCACCAUCAGUUCACCGAGAAAGAAACUACAGUGGAAAUCAGGAUAGUUCUACAGGCAGCAGUGGUUCAACGUUUGGUAGCACUCUGGGACAUGGUGGGAUGCGACCUCGUGUCAGUAGUACUGCAUCAGAAUACACAAGCCAAGCCCAGCUCACCUCUUCCGGUGGACUUAGUUUUACUGCUUGUUUGACAAAUUUCUCAUUGUAUAUAUUCCAUCCUUAUGGGGGUGGACAAAGAAAACAGCAGACCGUUGGAUCUCCAGGCUAUCUGGGGGGAUUCCAGAAAUCAGAACUUGGUUGCAUUCAAGAACAUGGUGGUAAUCUUUUCACUGAAUUUACUCGUAAAGAUUCCCUUAGUCUCAAUGUUGAAUUCAUUAAAGUACAUAUAUCACGGAGUCGCAAACUGGAUGUACGUCUUGGAGACCCCAUGUUCACCGGUUCUUCUUCUACGAUGAGCCAACCUCCACAACCCACACCUACAACAGGCGGAGUACGUUCAGAAGGAAUUAAAUCGAAUUGUGUAAGAUUUUCAGCAAUAUGUGAUAUCGGCUCCGCGUCUUUCAAAUAUGACAUGCGCCGACUUUCUGAAAUUCUCUCCUUCCCGAAAGCUUGGUAUCGGCGCAAUCUAGCUCGUCGGAUGUUCCUUGGUGAUGAAAGCGUUGCACAAGCAGCAUCAGAUGAAGAUGUGUUUAGCUCCUCCUGCAGUAGUUCUGUGACCAGUGAAUCACCACAGUUUGUUUCUGUUAUGAAAUCACUCACUUCCCCUGCCUUGCAUAUAUAUAACGGUACAGGACCAUUGAUUGACCAAGACUACUCCUGCCAUGAUAGCAAUGGUCAUCUCUCUGGUCAGUUAUCGACUGCGUCCUCAAAAUGCCGCCUAGCUGGACCGAUGACUUCUGGCUCUAAAAACUACCAUUUCAAGAAGCACCAUAGAAGGGCAUCGUCUGGGGAUAAAUGGAAAAUUCAAGUCAGUCAAGAAUUAAAAGCUGAAAUUGCAAAGUUUUCAGGCAAAGGUAUCAGUACAUCAGUCCCACCAUCCCCAGACGCACCCAAUCUUGACACAGUGAGUGCACCACCACCAAAGGCAACAUCCUCCAAAAACAAGUCUGGAAUUGGUCAGUAUUUCUCCCCAGAAUUGGGCCGGCACCGUAACAACUCGGGCCACCAGACUGCUGGUGUGUCCACAGCAUGGGAGACGCUGGUGCUGUUUGCCGUCAACUUGUCCACCCUCGAUGUCAACGUCAACAUGAGUAAUGUCAUGGGCAAUACAACUUGGGCCACCAAAGAUAUCAAGAGCCAGGGCCGACUCUCUAUUGAUAGUUUUGGCCAUAAAAACAUGAAAGUUACUGCAGGAUUGGGCAGUUCUAUGCUUGUCUCGAAAGGCGGUGUUGUGGGUGGAACUAUUGAUCUCCAGGACCUCCAUACAUACUUUACUGUACUUGAAGAUCCAGAACAAGGAAACCCUCCAGACCACCAAUCUGGUCUCUCUCUGUUUGCUGCUGAGGCUCGCCUUGACUACAUGGGUUCCAGUGUCCUGAUGACCCGUAUAAGCUCACUGAAGCUCCACUUCAGGGAUGAGUGGCUUCUUGAUGCCGACAUGAAACCAGACAUGCCAUUGGCUACAAAACGACCAGCAAUAUUGUUUGUCCAUGGAACACUGGACUGGGAUAAAUUCCAUAUCAUGAUUUCACGGUCAACUACCCCAGACCUGUUAAAAAUGGCUGCCAAAUUAGAAGAGUUCUUCACCACCUAUCUCACUAACAGCAAGAGGGUCCUUUCUGCUUUUGGACCAAUUGGGGGAUCAAUGAAGAGCAAAUCAUCUACCAAACGCAAAAACUCAGAAGAUUUGGGAGUAAGCUACAGUUCAGUUUGGCAUCAUCGACAUUGGCAGAAAGUCUUGGUUGUUGCUGCUGGAUGUAGUUUUUCCAUGUUGCCAUCACCUUUACCAAAGGAAGGUACUAUUUUGGGAGGAACGGUUACACUUAAAGGCAACAAUCUUUCUCUUGCCUGUUUCCAUGGCUUCAACUUCCGUUCAAAGUCUUGGGCCAUCUUCACCAUUAACGAACCUGACAUCAUAUUUGCUACAGAAGCCCAGAAGAGUGCUGAAGGAGGAACUUGUAUUGUACAAGACCUCACCUUCCGUGUUGGACACGACACCACUCAACACAUCAGCGAAAAGAAUAUGGCAACUAUUUGCAAGUUAUCUCGUGGCCAUUAUAUGCCACCCCCUUUUACCAGUGUUCGGGAAUGGUUUCACUAUGCUUUUGCAUCAGCAGAAAUUAAAGAUCUUGAUACAUUUCCUGCCAUCCAGCAUGACAAACCGGAAAGUCCAACAGAACAUAAAAAAUCUCGGAAAACCCAAGACUAUAGUCAUGAUCGAGAAAUUAUUUUUGCUUUCCCUUCAAUGCAAAUGCAUUUCAAGACGAAACAUUUCCAAGGGGAACAUGAACCCUCCAUGGAAGAAGACAAACCUAUUGUUGAGUGCAGCUUCAUCACAGAAUUCGAAGACCAUAUUUCUGUUGCUAUGGAUGCUGAAGUGAUCUGGUUUCUACAUGACUUAGUCUCCUCUUAUAUUAAAGAAAAAGAUAAAAGUACAGCUCGUCUCGGGUUCAACGCUUCAACGAAAGCCAAUAGUGGAAUUAAGUCUCCAGAGAUGGAGAGGAAGAAAUUAAUUGUUCCAACUGUGGCUCUCAAGCAAGACUGGCGCCAGUUUGAAUGCAAGACUUGGCACUUAGAACCUACAGUUCGGUUGGUGCAUUGGGCUAGUCGCCAGAUUGAUCCCAUUGGAGUUGACUAUAUUCUACAGAAGCUUGGUUUUUCUCAUGCCCGUGUCACAAUCCCAAAAUGGAUGCAGCGUGGUUUCAUGGAUCCCAUGGACAAAAUGUUGGCAGUCCUUGUCAAUAAGUUAAUGAUUGUGCUCCGAGACAAACCAAAUGCUGCUAACGAGGACACUUGAGACAACAACCGAACAGUGUCUUGUCUUGUAGACUUGACAAAAUGACUUGAAUCAUAUCUGAAUCGCAUGAACAUACAAUGGCUGUGCCUCACUGAAGUGUAACAAUUUUCCCUCUCCUCCUCAUCAUCAUUACAGCCACAACAGCAGCCAUCAUGAUCAUCAUCAUCAUCAUCAUCAUCAUCACCACCACCAUCACAUAAUGUCAAUAACAACAAUAAUAAUAAUAAUUUUGAUAUUCUAAAGAGGCAUGUCAUUUAUUCAAUGAUUUAAAACAAGAAAACAAAUCAGCCUUGAAGCAGAUUGAUGACAGAAUUGAUAGCACAUCAGACAAAAUACCUUGUGAUAUUUGGUAACAAACAAUCCUUUACAUUCUGAGUUCAAAUCCUGCUUAGGUUUGCUUUGUCCUUUAUCACCCCGAGGUUGAUAAAAAUAAGUCCUAGGGUCAAUGCAAUCAACUGUACCCUAGAAAGUGAGGCCUCAGCAUGGCCCACAGUCCAAUAAACGAAGCCAGUUAAAGAACAAAUGAAUGAAAGCAUUUUGUUUUUGUGGAAUGGUUUCUACCGAAACAUUAAAUGCUGCAAGAAGUAGAGGGAGCUGGCAGUAAACGAAUCUUGUGAGAAUUUGGAAGGUGUGUGUGUGUGUGUUGUUUUUUUUUUUUUAAAGUCUGGGUUGGAAUAAAAUGGGAUGGAAAGAGUUUGUGAAUUUGAAUGUUUGUGACACAGACAGAACUAGUGUUUUGGUGUUUGGGAUCAUAUGGGUAUAUUAGAAUAUCAGGAAAAGCAGUGUGUGAGAGAGGGAGAGUUGUAGCUUGCUUAGCAGUGCAGAAAUUUGUUUCUCAAAAUCUUAUCAGAGUCAGUUAACAUACUUGUGUCUAUAAGUUAUAAGUGUGUUCCUAUACAAGCAAGCAUACAUACAUGCACAUAAUGAAUGCAAUUGCAAGUAUAUAUAUAUAUAUAUAUAUAUAUAUAUAUAUAUAUAUAUAUAUAUAUAUAUAUAUACAUACAUACUGCUUCUUUUACGGAUAUAUGAUACAAUAUAUAUGUGUGUGUGUGUAUAUAUAUAUAUAUAUAUGUGUACACACACAAUUUAUAUAUAUAUGUGUAUGUGUGUGCUUGUUUUAUUUUAAAAAAGGUUCACAGUAGCUUUGAACUGUUGCUGGUCAUUGCGCCACCCAUUGACUGGUCAAAUCUUUUCACCUUACUCUCAACCUUUUCCAUGCAAAAGUAAAUGUGAUACUCUAAUUUAGUGUGUUGAGUGAUCCUUUCAAUUACUGUUUAAGUGUUUGGGCUCUUCUUUUUCUACAUAAACACACACACACAAACACGAUUUUUCUAGUUGCAAAUAUGAUGUAUGUGGUUGUAUGUGUGUGUAUAUAUAUACAUACAUGCACAUAUGUAUGUAUGUAUAGAUAGAUAUAUAUAGCAUUUUGUUGCAUAUGCAUAUGUGCACACUGAUGUUUAUAAAAUAUAUAAUAAAUGAAUUCAAAGUGAAAAAUAUUAAUAAUAAAAACGAAAAAAAAACCCACAAAACCGAUGUCAUCUUUCUCCUGCCAUAUUUCCAAUAAGUUAGUUUCUGUUGCAAUGGUGCUGUUGUGUUUUGUCGAGUGACGGUGACCAACAUCCAAUAUUGUUUGAUGUUUAAAUUUAGGAAAUAAAUAAAUAAAAAUAUAGCCAGAUAUUUUUUAAGAAAAGUAAAAUUAAAAAAAAAAUAAAUAUAUAUGAAUGACUCUAAUAAAAAUAUAUAACAAAAACCUAAAUUGAGUCGGUCAGUGUGAAUAUUUGCUUUGUGGAGUUGUUUCUGUUGUUAGGAACUAGAUUAAGAUGUUGUGUAUGUAUAUGUGUGUAUAUUAUAUGCAUUUUGGUUGUACAAACAAGAAGAAAGUACUCAAUACACACGUGAAAGUGUUUAUUCACCUACUCAUCAGAUGCUAAUGUCACUUGCCCCUCCCCUUGUUUCUUGCAUGUUUUUGAGGCAACACUUCAGGGUGCUUCAAGAAUUGCCCAAAGUGCCUUGCAGAAUUGCCUUGAAAAGCAUGUCAAAACUUAAGAGUUGCAAGUGAAAGAAGCCCCUGUUUUUAGUAACAUGUGUUUCAGUGAAGUGACCCUGUCUUGUUGUUUUUUUUUUCCUUUUCAAUAAUUACUAGUUUUCAUGAGAUUGCAUAAAUCUGGAGAGGAUGUUUGAGAACUGGAGAAUCCAAGUUUGGUGAGUUUGGUGCAUUGUAGGGAAUAUAUAAAUUAUUGGACGUACUCCAUUCUGAAAAUAUAUUUCAAAACAUAAUUUAGAAGAAUGCAUAGAAAAUUGAAACCUUUCAUAUUUCUCUGCAUGAUUUCAGUAAUGUACCAUUGCUGUUAUUGGAGAUUGCGUUGGUGCCCACAGAAACCAGAUGCCAUAAACUACAAACAACUCCUAUAGAAAGCAUUCGGUCCUUUAGCAUUCAGAUUUCUCUGCCAAAUGUAAUGCUUGUUUAUUCACAUUGUUUUGGAACAACUAUGCAUUGUGUCACAGAAUGACAUUGUAGUGUAGGCGUGAGAGGCCUGAUCUGGCCUGUCUCAAUGUCAAACAGGUGUAGGAUAUUUGAGUUGGAUGUGGGGGGUUUAAAUGCUAAAGGGUUAAAUCUGUGUGAAAAUCAAGACCCCAUCCUUUCAUUUUUUGUUUGGUAGCCAUUAACAUCUGUACUCAUUCAGUGAUCUUUCAUUAUGAAGGACUUUCUCAGGUUCUACGUCCAUUCUGUAAAUGUGAAUUAUCAAAAUGAUGACCAGUUUUCUGUGUAACUACACUUACAAUAGACACAAGCAUGGUUGUGUGGUCAAGAACUGCAGGGUUUCAGGUUCAGUCCCAUGGCAAGGCUGCCUGAGCAGAUACCUUCUGCUAUAACCCCAGACCUUGUAAAUCAAUUUGGUGAAUGGAAACUGUGUAGAAGCCCAUCGUAUAUAUAUAUAUUUGUGUGUCUCUUUGUGCUUAUUUUCCAUUAGCACUUGACAACCAGUGUUGGUUUGUUUGUUUCCUGUAACUUAAUGUUUUGGCAAAAGAGACAGAAUAAGUAUUAGACUUUGAAUAUUAAGUUUCUGGGGUUGGUUGGUUCUGUUAAACCCUUCAAGGCAUUUCCCCUGCAUGACUGCAAUCCAAUGACUGUGGCCUGUAAAAAGUACAAAAAUAUAGGUCACUGUGAUAGAAGUUUACUCUCCAACCAAAAGGUUAUGGCUUUACUACUUUAGGUGAUUGUCUUCUACAAUAACUGUGAGACAAUCGUAGCCUUGUGACUAGGAAUGGUUAAAAAAGAAAUGUGUUAGUCUGUCAGACAGGCUAUAUACAUCAGUAAUUCAAAGAGCUAGCAUUGUCACACACUGUGUCAUACGACUUCUGCCUGAGAGACCAAUUAAUUGUAAUGAUGUGUCUGUGAAACAAUAAUUUAUUUUAUAAUUCAUUGUUGAAAUGAAUAGAUGCAGGCCUGGAUGUGUGAUUAGGGGUCUGCUCCUCAACCAUAUGGUUUCAGAUUCAAUGGCACUGCAUUGGGGAAGUGUCUUCUACUAUAGCCCCAGGCCACCCGAAGCUUUAUGAAUGGACUUGGUAAAAGGAAACUGAAAGAAGCCUCUGUGUGUGUGUGGUGUAUAGGGGCAGUUGUGACUGUGGUAAGAAGCUUGCUUCCCAAACACAUGGCUCCAGGUUAAUUCCCAUUGCAUGGCAUCUUGGGCAAGUGACUUCUACUAUAGCCUCAGGCCAACCAAAGCCUUAUGAAUGGAUUUGGUAAAUGGAAACUGAAAGAAGCCUCUGUGUGUGCAUGUGUUGUGUGUGUGUGUAUCUGUCCUUGCCGCCAAUUGUCAAUUGGUGUUUGUUUACAUCUCCAUAAACUUAGCAGGUCUGCAAGGGGACUGAUAAAAUAAGCACCAGAGUUUAAUAACAAGUAUUGGGGAUGUUUUUAUUUAUUUUUUUUUCUUGACUAGAACCCUUCAAGGUGGUGCUCCAGCAUGACUUCACUGAUGAAAAGGUAACUGAGUUGAUCAAACAUGAAAUACAUGUUACUGAAGCUGAGAGUUUACUAUCUGUGUGUGUGUGUGUGUGUGAAAACUAAAUGUUCAUACAUGUUGUGUUUAUAUGACAAUCAAUGUAUUAUUGAAAAAAAUGUUUUUUUUUCUCAUCUGUUUUGAAAACAACUAAAAUAUGGCUUAAAUUGAAAA